AAAAUCACUAUCCCCAAUAAAAUCACGGUACUAACAUAAAUAUUAAAAAUUGCAUAACUCAAGUGUAAGAUAAGGCCCAAAUGCCCCACGGAGCGUAGUGAUAAGAAGAAAUAAACAAUAUCGUUCGUCACAUCUUUAUGUUUAUCAGUGGCGUUUAACAAUCAAAGCUUAAUUAGAAUUGCUGAUAACAUGGGUUGCUUGAAUAAUUCCGAGUCAGUUGUGGCUAAGACGUCGACUUUUUACAGCCAUGGCGAGUUUAGUGACAAGAAACUUCGUUUUACUGACAAAAUUUGCCAAAACUGUGUCCAAUGGAUCAAAAAGGCUAUCCUCACAUUUUAUUUACUAUCCUGACAAUGAAAAACCGGUCGAAGGUGAGACAGCAAAAAUGAACAUGAUGCAAGCCAUCAACAAUGCCAUGGACAUCACACUGAAGCAGGACUCCUCGGCUGUGUUGUUUGGGGAGGAUGUGGGCUUUGGUGGAGUCUUCCGUUGUGCACUGGGCCUACAGGAGAAAUAUGGCAAGGACCGGGUGUUCAACACACCACUAUGCGAGCAGGGUAUUGCCGGGUUUGCUAUUGGACUCGCCACAGCCGGGGCCACCGCUAUAGCAGAGAUACAGUUCGCUGAUUACAUCUUCCCCGCCUUUGAUCAGCUAGUAAACGAGGCAGCUAAGUGCCGCUACCGCUCGGGCGGGCAGUUCCCGUGCGGGGGGCUGACGGUGCGCGCGCCGUGCGCCGCGGUGGGGCACGGCGGGCUCUACCACUCGCAGAGCCCGGAGGCCUACUUCGCGCACGCCGCCGGACUUAGGGUGGUAGUCCCGCGUGGCCCUAUCGCGGCCAAGGGUCUCCUGUUGUCCUGCCUGCGGUCCCGGGACCCCUGCGUGUUCCUGGAGCCCAAGAUCCUGUACCGCUCCGCUACUGAAGACGUGCCGGUGGACGACUAUACUUUACCGCUAGGACAGGCUCAGCUGCUUAGAGAAGGCUCAGAAGUGACCCUGAUAGGCUGGGGCACGCAGCUGCACGUGUUGCUGGAGGUGGCGGACUUAGCGCGCGACCAGCUCGGCGUGAGCUGUGACGUCAUCGACCUGCAGUCUAUCCUACCCUGGGACCAGGAGACUGUCUGCAACUCUGUAAAGAAGACUGGACGUUGCCUGAUAUCUCAUGAGGCGCCUCUGACUUCCGGAUUCGGUGCCGAAUUGGCUGCUACCAUACAGAACGAAUGCUUCCUGCACCUGGAGGCGCCAGUGUCGCGCGUGGCGGGCUGGGACGCGCCGUUCCCGCACGUGUUCGAGCCGCUCUACCUGCCCGGCAGGUGGCGCUGCUUCAGUGCACUCAAACAGCUGUUGGACUACUGA